ACUCAUGGAUGUAAAGUUUGUUGACAACAUCCCUGACCUCCUGUGGAAACGAGUGCCUUUUUCAUUCUCUCCCUGUGAAGUGCUAUGAGGAGACGACAUGAAGACCAAAUCUCUUCCGUCAAGGCUGUUUAACAGAAACUCAGGAGAAGCAACAGGUGAGACUCCGAGUCCUGCAGCAGCAUGCAAGUAUCAGCGACAUGUGGACUGUGAGGAGAGCUGUGCCGACGGUGACAGCUGCCCAGAGGCAGGCAACAGCUGGCAGAAUGAGAAGUGCCACAGAGAAAUACACUUUGCCUUUCUGCCAGAGAGAUAUGAGCCUCUGGUGGAUGAUGAGGCAAAACAAGAGAGGAAGAAGAGAAAGAAAGAAAAGUACAAAAAAGUAAAGAAGGAUCAAUGUGGGUGCAGUGCUGGUAGGUUAAAAAAUGUUGGCAAAGCACUGCGCUCCAGUUGGAAGUGUCUGAUGCUUGGUCUCUACAAUUUUGCUCUUGGAUAUUCCACUCCAAUGGCCAUGGCUGCGACUUUUGUCCCUGAUUUUCACCGAGGAAGAAACGGGACCUGAGCUGAAGCGAUCGAUCAAUCGAUCGAUCGAUCUCGAUCAAUCAAUCACUCAAUCUCCUCCGGUUUCUGACUAAACUGUGUUGCAUGUACCAGCAUCACAUGGGCACUGACCAAAGAAUUUUGAUCAUGAUUAUACAUUUGAAAUUACAUCUUUUUUUAUAUAUAUAUUUCAUAAGUAAUAAUCAAGAAUUAAUUAGUGAAUUAAUUUUGAUAUCAAGUUAUUUCUCAGUAAAAUAGACAUUUUAAACAGUAGACAAACUCCUUGAUUUGUUUUUAUAUAAUGAUUAAUAAGAUACUAAAAGACUUGAGUGCCUUUUUACAUUUGGAAAAUGUUUCUUUUCAGGCAUGCAGCUGGUUUUUGCAUGUCUGCAGAUAGAUAAUAAAAAAGCACUUUACUGUACUCGCAGAUGAAGUUAAUCAGGAUGGUAUUUAUUUAAAAUAUUUACAGGCAAAGCAUUGACAGGGAAGCGAUAAUGAGCAAAGCCCUGGUAAAGAAGGCUGAAAGGAUGUGAAUAGAGUUGGUGUGGAGCAGCUGGAGCAGUAUGAAAAAUUAGAAAUGUGUGUCAUGUUCAAUGAAGGCUGUCACUGAGCUGUGAAUUUAAUUCUAAUUGUACUGUAUAUCAGUGUUUUUGUAUGUAUAUAUUACAUUUGUGUUCAUGUAUCUGAAUGUGAGGAAUAGUAAAUAAAAAAACAUUAAAUUUGUCAAAGUUAUACAACAAA